CUCUCUCUGCCUCGUGCCCCUCGACAUAGGGGCGCGCUCUGGUGCAGGCUCGUGCACUCUCGGGGACGCGCAGAAUAGCCUUUACUUCCAGCGAGUUUUAGUUGGGACUUGGCGGCCGCCAUACGUCCACGCGUUCCUCUGGACAAGACAACAAGACGUCGCUGUGGUGUGCUGGGGGCUCCGGGCCUCCAAGAUGACCCGGAGGAGCGGAACCAUGAGGCGGAGCCUGCCGGACCUCGGCAGUCCGAACUACCAGAGCGGCUAGCAGCUAGCUUGGCAAGAGCGAGCAGGCGAAAGUGUUGGCGCGCGUUGUGGACAAAAGUUAAGUUGUAAAGUUGUUGUUUGGUGCCUGAAAGUGUUCUCCCAAAGAGCAAAAGUUCGGAACGUGGACAUGGACUCGGACUCCCUGACCGGCGACGUGGACUCUCUUCACGGUGGACUGGUGGACCCCCUAUUGGACCGGAUCCUGGCGGAUACGGUGUCCCAACAGCAGGGAUGGCUCCGGGUUUACGACGUCAAGGGCCCUCCGACACAUCGCCUCUCCUGUGGUCAGAGUCCAUAUGUGGAUGGCACCCUGUGGGAGAAGAAGUUGUGCUUGUUGACGGACAGCCAGCUCCUUGUUGUCAGCAGGGAUGACCAGAAGGAGGCUCAGGAGAAGAUGUUGGACAAAGCGAACGCUCGCAGCCUCCGAAGAACUGUCAGUGUCCCUUCAGAGGGACAGUUCCCUGACUUUCAGCCAGAGGGCGCCACUAUGUUAGAAGUGUCUUCUGAGCGAUCUCCGAGGAGACGGAGCCUCUCUGGCCUGUCAAGCUCCGAGAAGAGCAUCCCUAUAGACAGUCCCAGCUCGUCUCCCUUCAAAGUGCCUGGCUUCUUCAGCAAACGUCUCAAAGGGUCCGUCAAGAGGGCAAAAAGUCAAAAUAAAGCGGACAGGAACACCAGCUUCAGACUUCCUGUUCUGCGACCUGCUGACACUGACAGGACACGUGGCCCUCCAAGGGUGAAGGAGUGGACGUCUCAUGAGUCCCUGCUGAGCCCUGGAGGUGCACUGGAGGUGCUGGACCUCAACAUGGAGGACGAGGUGACGGUCAAACCUGUUCACAGCAGCAUUCUGGGUCAGGACUUCUGCUUCGAGGUGACCUACUCAGGGGGGACCAAGUGCUUCAGCUGCCCGUCGGCGUCGGAGCGAGACAAAUGGAUGGAGAACCUGAGGAGAAUUGUCCAGCCCAACAAGGUGAGUCCAGUACGUGUCACCUUGUCGCCGCAUGCCUCUGCCGACUUUCAUCGUUUGUGUUUCCAGGACAACUGUCGCAGGGCGGAGCAUCUUCUGCGGCUGUGGAUCAUUGAGGCCAAAGACCUGCCCCCCAAGAAGAAGUACUUCUGCGAGCUCUGUCUGGACGACGUGUUGUAUGUACGCACCACCAGCAAGCCUCGACAAGAUGGCCUCUUCUGGGGCGAAUACUUCCACCUGGCCGACCUGCCUGCCGUGCGCAGCAUCACCGUUCACGUUUACCGAGACGUGGACAAGAAGAAGAAGAAGGACAAGAACAACUAUGUGGGCCUCGUCAACAUUCCCGUGGCGAGUGUGACGGGGCGCCAGUUUGUGGAGAGGUGGUACCCAGUGAGCACGCCCACCGCCGUUAAGGUGAAAGGGGGCGGGCCUUCUGUCCGCAUCAAGUCGCGCUUCCAGACCAUCGCCAUCCUCCCCAUGGAGCAGUACAAGGAGUUUGCAGAGUUCAUUACCAACGGUUACGGGACGCUGUGCUCCGUGCUGGAGCCUGUCAUCAGCGUAAAAAACAAGGAGGAGAUGGCCAGCGCCCUCGUACACAUCCUGCACAGCACGGGGAGGGUCAAGGACUUCCUGACUGACUUGGUGAUGUCAGAAGUGGACCGCUGCGCCGACCACCACGUCCUCAUCUUCAGGGAAAACACGCUGGCUACCAAAGCUAUCGAGGAGUACCUGAAACUGGUCGGACACAAGUACCUGCACGACGCGCUCGGUGAGUUCAUCAAAGCACUGUACGAGUCUGACGAGAACUGCGAGGUGGAUCCCAGUCGAUGUUCCAGCAGCAACUUGUCCGAGCAUCAAAGUAACUUGAAGAUGUGCUGCGAGCUGGCCCUCUGCAAGAUCAUCAACUCCUACUGUGUAUUCCCUCGUGAGUUGAAGGAAGUGUUUGCGUCUUGGACGCAGGAGUGUGUGACCCGUGGUCACCAGCAGGACAUCAGCAAGCGUUUGAUCAGCGCCUCCCUUUUCCUGCGCUUCCUGUGUCCGGCCAUCAUGUCGCCAUCGCUGUUCCAGCUCAUGCAGGAAUAUCCUGACGAGCGCACGUCUCGAACCCUCACCCUCAUCGCCAAAGUCAUCCAGAACCUGGCCAACUUCUCCAAGUUUGGGAACAAGGAGGAGUACAUGGCUUUCAUGAACGACUUCCUGGAGCACGAGUGGGCCGGAAUGAUGCGUUACCUGACAAAGAUCUCCAAUGCAGAGACUCUAUCCAACACGCCGGGCUUUGAGGGUUACGUGGACCUCGGCAGGGAGCUGUCCCUCCUUCAUGCUCUUCUGUGGGACGUGGUCUCUCAGCUGGAUAAGGCCACCGUUGCCAAGCUGGGUCCGUUGCCGAGAAUUCUGGGAGAUAUUUCCCGCAGCCUGUCAGUCCCCACGCCCAUCCAGCAGCAGCUGCGCCCUUUCCAGGACCACCAUAGCUCCGCCCACAACAUAAGCGGCAGCCUGUCGUCAGGCCUACAACGAAUCUUUGAGGAUCCGUCUGACUGGACGUGUCCUGGCGGCGAUCUGACGGAGGCCGUGGUUGUAGGGUGCAAUGCCACGACUGCCCAGCACCAUCUUUGGGGCGCUACCAGUUUCUCUGGCAAGGAUGAGCGAGAUGAGACACUUGUGGGCAACCGCAGCGUCUCUAUGGGGGACCUGCAGGACUCUCAGAGGAUCCCUGAUGCCCCGCCCCUUGUCAACAGGGCAGGCUCUCAGGUCUCUGUAGCCCCCGCAAUCCCGUCUGAGUUGGUGGUGCCCCUCAGCAAAGCUCCAAUCAGAGACACUCAGCCGCAGAGCGCUCCGCAGGCCCGGCGUCCGCUGCAGCCCCCAGUCAAGCAUCAACGCAGCCUGCAGCCGCUCUCAUUUCAGAACCCCGUCUACCACCUGAGUAACCCCGCCCAAUCCGCGUCCAGCUCAGAGAACUUGAGCAGCGCCAGCUCGGAUGGCGAACGGUUAAGGGUGAAAGGUCAUGUGGCGUCAGACAGCAGCCUAGACGAGUCGGGCAGCAGGCGUAGCGCUCGUAGCUCCACACCAUGCUGUCACAGCCCCCCCGAGCUCCCGCCGGGCGCCGCCACAGCCAUCGCCGUACCUCGGCAGGGCACGGCGACGACGAGCACCGCCCACAUCGUGAAGGUAGAGCAGCAGAGCCGGGGAGGGGGCGGGUCCAGGACACAGUGUGCCUCACGUUGCAGCAGCAGCAGCGCCACCAUGGAGCUGACGCCCAUCACCGACCCGGUGUCCGUCUGCUGCGCUGACACUAUGGCUCCGCCUCCAAGGGGCAGUACCCAGCAGCAGGUGGCAUCUCCGGUGGAGGCGGAGUCGGCGGCCAUGUCUCCUGUGGAGAGGACAGCAGCUUGGGUUCUCAGUAACGGUCAGUACCAGGAGGACCACCUUGGCGACGAGGAAGGAGGGGGGCGGAGCCGUGAGGAGGGCAAGAAUUUCGAAAAGUAUGAGAUGGAGAUCUGGCGACUCAAGGAGCGGCUGCGGGCGUCAGGGCGACGCCUGGAGGAGUACGAGCGCCGUCUGGUCGCCCAGGAACUCUCCAUGAAGACGCUGCUCCUUGACUAUAAGUCACGACUCGACGACAGUGAGGAACGACUCAAGCGUCAGCAAGAAGAGAAGGAUGCGCAGAUGAAGAACAUCCUUUGCAGGCUCAUGGCGGUGGAAGAGGAGUUGAAACGUGACCACUCAGAGAUGCAAACGGUGAUUGAAGCUAAACAGGAAGUCAUUGACGCUCAGGAGAAGCGGAUCCGCUCUCUGGAUGCAACAAACUCACGUUUGAUGGCGGCACUGACGCAAGUGAAGGAGCGUUAUGGUUCGGCCAACCUCCGCAACAACCCCACCAAGCUGUCCAUCACUGAGAACGGAGAGUUCAAGAACAGCAGCUGCUGAUUAGCCGGGUAGGGGGUGUGCUUAGUAUGUAAAUACUGCAGGGUUUUGUGUGUGUGUGUGUGUGUGUGUGUGUGUGUGUGCAACAAAAUGUUUUCUAACGUUUAAGGUUUGAAGUGGAGCUGUUUUUAUGGGGUUAUUUCUGAUUUAUAAUUUAUUUCUCCACUUCCUGUUGACGAGCUACUGAAAACACUCCACUGUGCUGGGGCAUCGAAGGUGACGCCUGUCUGUACACAAUAAAAGCUACCAGUAAAUGUUUGUUGUCUCCAUGGAAGCAGAUUCAACAGAUUUUAUUAGGUUAAAAAAGACAGGAAGUGAUCAAAGAAAAGAUUAGUGAUAAUGCUGACUUCAAUAUAGACUUUUUUUUUUUAAUAACAAAAUAGG